AUGGAUUCCCCGUCAGUCAACCUUGUGGCCUCAUGCAGGAACCCCAAUGGGUCUCUACCGCCCAAGCAGGGCAGCGUCCACAGCCGCGACUCCUUCUUCAAGAGCGUGCAAUGGUCUGCCGACGGCACAACCCUCUUCACAUCAUCCUUCUCAAACCGCAUCUGCACCUUUGUCCUCCCAGACAAUCUCCUCGAACCACGGCAGUCCCCGGUCGAGCUCACUGCCCACAGCACACUCGCCCUCGCCGAACCAACCAGCGCCAUCGCCCCAUGUCCGUACUUCGCUCUGGAGCACCCUUCAACCCAAGUCCUCCUAACAGCCAGCACCGACCACCCCAUCCACCUACACCACGCUUUCCCGCCAUCACCAUCAAGCUCGCCCUUCCCUGACGACAAUGAUAACAGAUUAUCUCCACCUCCACCAGUCCGAACUCAACCCCCACACCUAGCCUCCUUCCACCUAAUCAAGCAGGAAACCGAAGCCUACCUCCCCAUCACCUCCCUCAUCUGGCCAGUGCCGGGAACGCACUUCAUAGCUGGCACGACCAACCGCAUCGCCCUCUUCGACGUCUCCCGCCCCGACACCCUCAACCCAUCCCCGCUCCUCUCCAUCCCCACCAUCCCGUCGACCCGGCACCUCGCCAAGGGCGGCGGCGUCGGCAUGCGCGGCACCGUCUCGGCGCUGGCCGCCCAGCCUUACCAGCCUGUCGCUGACGGGAACGGCGGCGGGAGUAGUAGCAACGCUGCUGGUGGUGGUGCUGGUGGCUUGGGCCUCCUAGCGGCCGGCACAUGGACGCGGAGUCUGGGCCUGUACGAUCUGCUGCGCAGCGGGGAGUGCGUCGCGACGUGGAGCGUCAAGGGCGUGGCGCAGGAGGCCCGGGUUGGCGGGAGGGGCGUGCUGCAGACGGUGUGGUCACCGUGCGGGCGGUAUUUGGUGGUUAAUGAGAGGGGCUCGACUGGAUUGUUGGUGUAUGACUUGCGCGGCACGCACCGGUUGCUGGGUGCGCUUGAGGGGAGAGACGGAAGGACGAAUCAGCGGUUGAGUUGUGAUGUGUUCCCCGGGAGUGGGGGGACCGGAGGGUUUGAGGUGUGGGCUGGGACCAAGGAUGGGGGCGUGGUCGUUUGGGAAGGGGUUGGGAAUCGGGAUGGUGGUGUUGAACCGUCUUGGGACUGGAAGGCACAUGGCUCGGCCGUUGGGGCGACUGCUAUGCAUAUGAGCGGUUCCGUGGUUGCCACUUGCUCAGGGGCAUGGAAGUUUGUGGACGAGGAUGAGGAGAGCUCCGAGAGCUCGGACGAGUCCGGGUCGGAGGCGAGCACAGCAUCACGGAGCAGCCCGAGCUUCCAGAUUGUAGUUGAGGAAACAAGCCUCAAUGUCUGGAGUCUCGGACCCAGCAAGCCGUCUCAAGACGACAGAGGAAGCCCCGAUCGGGGGGAUACCGAGACGUGA